GGGAAAAUAACAAAUUCAAAGUUCUUGCAUUUAUAAAUAAAGUCCUCUGCGUCUUCGCCCCCUUCUUUUACCUCUCCCUGGAAAAGGCAUCAAAAAAAGUUAGGGUUCCGCUCUUCACGCUAAUCAGAAUCCCCCUCCGUAAAUCGGAAAAUUUGUAUGCUCAUUAUGGUGGUAAAUUGACAUGUUGAAGGAAUUGAAGAAUGGGAAAGAGGAAAUCAAGAGCAAAGCCUGCUCCUAAGAAGCGAAUGGAUAAGCUUGACACUGUUUUCAGUUGUCCCUUUUGUAACCAUGGAACCAGUGUUGAAUGCCGCCUUGAUAUGAAGAACUUGAUUGGCGAAGCGUCUUGCAGGAUAUGUCAAGAGAGUUUCAGCACUGUUAUAACAGCUUUGAGUGAACCAAUAGACAUAUAUAGCGAAUGGAUUGAUGAAUGUGAGCGGGUUAACAACCUUGAAGAUGAUGGAGAUCAGGAUGAAGGUUUGAUGCCUAGAAAACGGGUAUCAACAUCUGAAUGGGAUUAGCAACAGCCAGUAAUGUUAUAGAUUAUGCUAAGCCUGUAAUUAUGUUAGUUUCUGUGGGAAAUAGCUGGUGUGCAGGUAUGCACAUCUAACAGCAUAUAAUGAUUAGCCUGAGUGAUCGAAUGUAUGGUAAUGGAGCCACUCUAGAUGAAGGGCUAGUAGCUGUUACUUCGUGUUGUAUGAACAAUUUAUGUUGAUGGAAUCCAAUUACUUACUGCUAUUUUGAAUGAAGCUUUCCUGA